AUGUCGUGCCAGCACAGCGAAGCUAUCGCUCUUCGCCCCCCCAAUCCAACUCAGUCAGUCUAUCGUGAGGACUGUACUCAGUGCUUCGACUCGAUUGACGACCCCGAUGGGCUCAAUGUAUGCCUACAAUGUUUUAAUGGAGGAUGUGCUGGCCCCCAGCAUCAUGACAAGCUGCACAGCGCUUACCGAAACCAUCCUCUCGUCCUAAAUAUUCGUCGCACCCGGAAGGUAGUCGUGCGAGAUGAGCCCCCUCUUAAGAUGUCGAAGCUUGCGAUCGCCGCCGAAACCGAAGAGGACAAGUACGAUACCGCUACCACUGUCCGAUGUCUUGAAUGUGAUACGGAUCUCGAUAAAACGAGCUCGAAGUUUGCCCCUAUAGUUGAUGGCAUCUUGACUGCGAAUACCUUCUCGCGCAAAGAGGAGGUAAAGGCAUGGGAGCAAGAGCUCACUUCCUGCGAACACAUCCUACUUCUCCAACAACAGGACCCGAAGACGAUCGAGUCUGGUGAUCUUGGCCACUGUUCCAAGUGCGACCUGAAAGAAAAUCUCUGGCUCUGCCUCGAGUGUGGAAACCUCGGCUGCGGUAGAAAGCAGAUGGGUGGUGUCGAAGGAAAUUCUCACGGUCUUGCUCAUGCCCUUGACUCUAGCCAUGGUGUCGCCGUCAAACUGGGCUCAAUUACCCCCGAGGGAAAUGCCGAUGUUUACUGCUAUAAGUGUGACGAAGAACGUAUCGAUGAUGCUCUUGGAACGCAUCUCGCCCACUGGGGCAUCAACAUUGCUGAUCGCCAAAAGACAGAGAAGAGUCUGACGGAGAUGCAAAUCGAGCACAAUCUCAAGUGGGACUUUUCCAUGACUACCGAGGAUGGUAAGGAGUUGAAGCCGUUGUUCGGACCUGGCCUCACGGGUCUCAAAAAUCUAGGCAACAGCUGCUACCUAGCUAGUAUUGUCCAGUGUCUCUUCGAUCUCCCUGCAUUCAAGAGCCGGUACUACGAUGUCUCCGACCCGCUUCCCUCCGUGAGCGAUCCUGCUGCCGAUCUAGAGACGCAGCUCAGGAAAAUGGGACAUGGCCUACUUUCUGGUCGGUAUUCUAAACCGAAUACCGAUUACCACACCACGGACCAGUCAGAGUUGAGAUAUCAGAGAGGUAUCGCCCCAGCAAUGUUGAAGCAUCUCGUGGGCCGAGGUCAUGCCGAGUUCUCAACUAUGCGCCAACAGGAUGCCUUCGAGUUUUUGCAAUACAUCUUCACUCUCAUCCAGCGAUCGAACAAAGCGUCCGGAAAAUCAGAUCCGACGAACGAUUUCCGGUUUGUUUCUGAACACAGGCUUCAGUGUCUUGGGUGCAAGAAGGUCCGAUACACGACCACGGAACAGGAUAAUAUUUUUGUCGACAUCCCAAAAGAAAAAAUAACUGCUGAGCCGAGCCUGACAGAGGGUGGUGAAACUAACGCCGAUGUUUAUCGCGCCGUCACUCUCGAGGAGUGCUUGGAUAGAUUGACAGCACCGGAGAUAGUUGAACUUGCAUGUUCUGGUUGUGGCAGCAAGGACGGUUUUACCAAGCAGUUCCGCUUCAGGACUCUCCCUGCCGUUCUGGCUGUCAAUGCAAGCAAAAUGACUGUUGUCAAUUGGGUUCCUAUCAAGAUUGAUGUCCCCGUCAUUGUACCCGAAGGAAAGAUUUCGUUCGAGAAGUACAUGUCAUCGGGCCUGCAGCCCGACGAGGUCGAGCUUCCCGAUGUCCCCGAGCCUGGAGCUGCAGCGUUUGUUCCUGACGCCGCGGCGUUCGAGCAACUUCAGGCGAUGGGAUUCUCGAAGAAUCGUUGCGAGCGAGCCCUUCAUGCCACCGGUAACUCCGACGCCAACGCUGCCAUGGAGUGGAUCUUUGCCCACAUGGAUGACCCGGACGUUGACGCUCCGCUCGACCUUUCAGGUGGCAAGGCUUCAGCGGUUCAGGUUGAUCCAGCCCAAGUGGAGAUGCUUGUAGCCAUGGGCUUCCGCGAACCGCAAGCUAAAAAGGCGCUGCGAGAGACGGGCGGAGAUGCCGAAAGGGCGGUCGAAUGGUUGUUUAGCCAUCCUGAUGACACGGGCCUUGAAGAUGAGAGCGAUGCAACGCCUGUUGAGACCGGUGCUGAGAAAGAGCUUCCAGGUAGCUCAGACCUGCCGGCUAACUACAGACUCCAAUCUAUCGUGUGUCACAAGGGGACCAGCAUUCAUACUGGGCAUUAUGUCGCAUUCAUCCGAAAGCACCUCUCCGAAGACCAGAGCGAGUCCUCAUGGGUCCUGUUUAACGACGAGAAAGUCGUCGAGGCCACGGAUGUGGACGAGAUGUCAAAGUUCGCCUACGUCUACUUUUUCAAGCGAGUUUAA